GUACCUCCAUGUCAAAACCGAAAACUUCUACUUCUAGUCUCUCUUUCCAAUCUCCAGUUCAACAGGUUCGUGUAUUUUGGCAAAAGUUUGGAGAAAGAGAGGGCAAAUCUGUGAGCAAAGAACGAUGACAGAGGCCUUCAUAAGGAACAAGCCAGGAAUGGCGAGCGUCAAAGACAUGCCACUUCUCCAAGACGGUCCUCCUCCCGGCGGUUUUGCGCCGGUCAGGUACGCACGGAGGAUCCCGUCUAAAGGACCCAGCGCCGUCGCCAUAUUCCUCACUACUUUCGGCAUUUUCUCUUGGGGUAUGUAUCAGGUCGGCAAGGGCAACAAAAUCCGUAGGGCAAUAAAGGAGGAAAAGUAUGCUGCCCGAAGGGCAAUUUUGCCAAUGCUACAAGCAGAAGAGGAUGAAAGAUUUGUGAAAGAAUGGAGGAAAUAUUUAGAAGAAGAGGCGCGGAUAAUGAAAGAUGUGCCAGGGUGGAAAGUUGGUGAGAGUGUUUAUAACUCUGGAAGAUGGAUGCCUCCUGCAACUGGUGAACUUCGCCCUGAGGUCAAGAUUUGA